AUGUCGUUAAAGUCAAGACUUUCACAAUACAAAUACUUCAAUGUGUCUUUUCCAGAUGAGCGCAUUAUCCAAGUCACACUGAACAGGCCUGACAAGCUCAACUGCGUCGAUCAAGCCACGAGCAAAGAAAUUGCCGAGAUUUGGGAGUUGUUCGAUCAGGAUGAGAGCUUAUGGNAAUGGAACGAAAUGAACAGACGCGGCAUUAUCAAUGACAUGUCAGCACCAGGCCUCGCUGGCCUGCCACGUAGAGCAGGAAAGAAACCGAUCAUCGCUGCUGUCAACGGUAUUACAAUGGGCGGAGGCUUCGAGAUGGUCGCAAACUGCGAUCUUGUAGUUGCCGCCUCCUCGGCCAUCUUCUCGCUGCCAGAGGUGAAAAGAGGCAUCGUACCGGUCGCAGGUUGUUUGCCUCGCUUGACGCAAACCUUGGGUCUACAACGCACCACCGACCUUGUGCUCACAGGCAGAAACGUAACAGCCAAAACGCUUUAUGACUGGGGUCUUGUCACGGAAUUGGUCGACACUGCCGAGGAGGUCAUGCAAGCCGCCAUCAAGACGGCCCAACUCAUGUGCAAAAACAGUCCUGACGCGUUGGUUGUUGGUCGCUUGGGCAUCAGGCUGAGCUGGGAAGCUGGUAGUGUCGAGGAUGCUGUUACCACACUUGCCAACGAUUGGUACCCACGUCUCGUCCAAGGCGAGAAUUUCAAGGAGGGCAUCAAGGCAUUUGCAGAGAAGCGCUCACCAGUCUGGGUGAGCUCAAAGCUGUAG